GCAGGUUUUACACACACACACACACUCCGGCCUUCUGGCCUCCUUACAUUCCCCGAAGCUCGGGAGGAUUUACACACGGCGUGUUUUUGGAUUUUGUCCGGUUUCCGGUUUUGUGAGGAGUUUUUCCGGGACUGCGGCGCGCGUGCACACUGUGCAGAGCGGAGACACAAAAACAACAACAACACCAUCUCCACCGUCAUCUCCACCGUCAUCUCCACCAGCAGCAUCAGGUUCAGCAGCUCUUCCCCAGCGCAGUGUUGGUGAGAGAGAUGCCGCAGGCUUCAGUCUCCACAGUAACAUGGAGAUGAAAUUUACAACCCAGGAGCUUUCGAGGAACUGAAAACAUCUCCACCUCAUUUACAUCUAAUUUACACACAGCUACAGCUUUACAACUCCAGCCUCUGAGUCAGCGUCUCUGCACGCUGUUUAACGGUGAAAGUCAGGAUGAGGAGCAGCGAGGAGGCAGAAGGCUUCGACGGCGAGGCCUCCAACACGGCGAUGGUGUCGGGGGCGAGCAGUCCGUAUCAGCCCACCACGGAACCCGUCCUCUCCCGCAGUGUGUUCAGGAGCAUGAGCUGGAACACACACUACCUCACGUCACAGCUCGGCAUCCUGAAGAUCAUCGAAGCGGUUCUGUCCCUCAUUGCGUUUAUCUGCAUUGAGACAGUGAUGAUGUGUUCCCCAUGCGCUGGAGUUUAUCUGUUUGAGUUUGUGAGCUGCAGCUCCUUCGUGGUGACGGGACUCUUACUCCUGAUCUUCAUCCUCAACCUCCACAGCAAACUCACUCCGAUCAACUGGGGCUUAGUGGACCUGAUUAACGCUGUGUGCUGCACACUGUUCUUCUUCAUCGCCUCGGUGGUGUUAGCGGCGUUCAACCACAAGAGUGGAGCAGAAAUCGCUGCCGUGAUCUUCGGCUUCGUGGUGACGUUGGUGUACGGUGUGAACACGGGUGUGUGUGUGAAACUGUGGCGUUUAGGAGACCAGCGCCCCCUACAGACCAGCGAGUACACACGCGCCAGGACGGCCUCGCGUGGCGAAGUGGAGACACGACCCGAAUAACUAACACACACACAACACACACACACACACACACACACACAACACAACACACACACACACAACACAACACACACACACACACAACACAACACACACACACACAUACACACACACACAACACACAUUAAACACACACACACACAACACACAUUAAACACACACACACAAACACUUCUUGCUCCCCUGAUGUGUAUAUUUAUGGUUAAUUAUGAAGUUGUAUAAUUAUUGUACUACUUUAUUAUCAUGCUGGUAUUUAUAAACUACACACACUACACUACACACACUACACAUUAUACACAAUACACCUUACACACUACACAUUAUACACUUUACACACUACACACACUACACUUUAUACACUUUACACACACUACACAUUACACACUACACAUUAUACACUUCACACACUACACACACUACACUUUAUACACUUUACACACACUACACAUUACACACUACACAUUAUACACUUCACACACUACACCUUACAAACUACACAUUACACACACUACACCUUACACACUACACACUACACAUUACACACACAUACAAACAGUAUACAAACUACACACUAUAAACUACACACUAUAAACUACACACUAUACAGAGUUGAUACGACAUUAAAUGUGGACCAAACGUGUUUUAUAGCCGAUUUAUAAACAUUAAUGUGGAAUUAAUUCUGAAGGGGUUGUGUGUGUGUGUGUGUGUGUGUGUGUGUGUGUGUGUGUGUGUUUAUACUUCACCCCAAAAUGUAUUAUUUUUUAUAUUUCCAAGUUUUAAAUUCUGCUCUUACGGUGUUCCAUUUCUGUAUUUAGCCAUUUAUACUCGAGCUAAUUUCUAACACAGUCCAGUCAUGAGUGUUAGUGAUUAAUCAUCAUCAUCUGUGCUAGGCCCUAGUGUUUCAGCUAGCUCUGAGCGUUGCGCUAGUCAGUAGAGUUUCAGCUAGCUCUGAGCGUUGCGCUAGUCAGUAGAGUUUCAGCUAGCUCUGAGCGUUGCGCUAGUCAGUAGAGUUUCAGCUAGCCCUGAGCGUUGCGCUAGUCAGUAGAGUUUCAGCUAGCUCUGAGCGUUGCGCUAGUCAGUAGUGUUUCAGCUAGCUCUGAGCGUUGCGCUAGUCAGUAGUGUUUCAGCUAGCUCUGAGCGUUGCGCUAGUCAGUAGUGUUUCAGCUAGCCCUGAGCGUUGCGCUAGUCAGUAGAGUUUCAGCUAGCUCUGAGCGUUGCGCUAGUCAGUAGUGUUUCAGCUAGCUCUGAGCGUUGCGCUAGUCAGUAGUGUUUCAGCUAGCUCUGAGCGUUGCGCUAGUCAGUAGAGUUUCAGCUAGCUCUGAGCGUUGCGCUAGUCAGUAGAGUUUCAGCUAGCUCUGAGCGUUGCGCUAGUGUUUGAAUCACCAGCAUUUAUUUAUUAAUACUCAUGAUUAUCUGCUAGUCUGUACUGUGUGGAAUCAUUUUUCAUUCUGUGCUAUUAAGGGCUAGUUGCUAGUGUUUAUGCUAGUCACACAUGGGCUAUUAGCUGGUUUCUGUGCAUUAGUGAGGGGUAGUCAGGAUCUGUGUGGGUAGUUAGCAUUUGGGCUAUUCGCACAUUACAAUAAAGAAUACAAAAUACAAAAUAAAUAAAACUCCAAUGUAAAUAAAACAUGACGUAAGCCGAAUCUACAGAAAAUAACAUGAUAUUAAUUUAAAUAAUUUAAUAACCAACUGAAAAACCUUUUGUUUUGGGGGUUUUGUUUGUUUUUAUUUUGAAAUUUGGACCAGACUCUGUAAAAGUUCUUUAACUGUAGUGUGUUAAUUUAUCUUUAAAAUGUUCUUUUGGUAGUGAUUUUAUAUUUAACAUCUUUGUGUGUGUGUGUGUGUGAGAGAGAGAGAGUGAAUGAUGAUGAUGUUCAGAUUUCAGUCUAUUUAUAAAUACGUUUGAUUUAUUCUGUGUGAUAACAUCAGUGUUGCAGUGUUUGUUACCCCUCUCUGUAGGGCCUAGUACUCUUCUGUCCCCUUGUACACGGUUUUAUAGAUUUUAAAGCAAUGACAUUUAGUUUAAAAUGACUCAGUCGGCGUUAACUCAUGCUGAACGUUAUCUCUGUGACAGAAACAAAAUUAUUUUGGAAAAGUAACGUGUAAUCAUUUACUGAGAUUUAAAGUGAAGAUUUGAUGCUAAUAAUUGAGUCUCAGAUGGUGUGUUUUGCGCUAGUUGCUAAUGAUCGAGGUUAGCAGCGAUUCUGAUUAGCCGCUAGCUGUGAUUAGCCUGCUAUACAUAGAGAAAUGGGCGGAGCCAUCAUGUUAUCCGAAAUGUACAAAAUCGUUGAUUGUAAAUGAUGCUAAUUAGGAGUGAAAAUCUGUUAGCAUUUAGGUACUCGCUAGCAUAUUUACUUAAGUCAUAGACAUCAGGCCUAGUCGCUAGCGCUUUAACUAGUUAUUAGCAUCUGAGCUACCUGAACAUAAAUUGGGAUAAAUUAUAAAAAUGAAAAAAAUUCAGUGAAAUAAAAGAACAGCAUGAGAUAAAAAAGAGGUGAUUUAAAAUCUUAAACUUUAAUGUUUGAUUUCUGCACCACAGACAUUCGGGUACUACAAAGAGUGUAGUGUGUGUGUGUGAGUGUGUAGUGUGUGUAGUGAGAGUGUAGUGUAAGUGUGGUGUCAGUGUGUGAUUUGAGACGGAGCCUGAAUUCAGCGUAAUAAUUUAAAUAUUUUAAGGAACACUGCGAAUAUUUUGAAGGACAAUCGAAGGACUAUUUUAAUGAAGGUUUAAUUUCUCUACAACAGCACUGUGUGUGUGUGUGUGUGUGUGUGUGUGUGUGUGUGUGAUUUUCUCUCUCUGGUUGUGCUUUAUUACUCUGAUUGUGUAAUGAAACACUCCUCCUCUAUAAUAAUGAUAGAUGAAUAUGGGAUUGUAAUUGUACGGAUGAUUAUUUAUCCCGUUGUAGUCGAGGGUUAAUAAUCCGACACUGUGAUUGGUUAAACAGGAACACAGCCGCUCUCAGAUCUGUAUUUUUAUAUUUAUGGAGCUGUGUCGAUUUACAGAAACUAAUUUUUACACAAAUUCUGUGUUCAUUUGUGAAAUGAAUAAAUUUGGACUGAACGCA